AUGUCUCAUCCAGCCGAAUACGACGAUACUUCGUCAGACGAUAGCUCUGAUGAGCAUACCUCACCAUCAAACCAGCAACAAGAGCAUGAUGACACUCCCGUGCUGUUCGUGCCCGAGAGGAAGUUCCUCAAGGAGGACGAGGACUACUCCGUACCAUUCCCAGUGAUGCGUGAGUGUCUGGUGCUCCUCCUGCAGUCUCGCAGGAUUCUCCGUGACAUGAUGUACUAUAGAUUCAAGAUGGAUCGUUUCCUCUCUGGUAACCUCUCUGUCUUUGAGAUUCAGAACCUCUUGCACUCCCAGCGUGAGGACAAUGAGAGUGAUUGGAUUGCUGAGAUCCAAGAACUUAAGAGAAACCUUGUUAGUGAGGUCAGAAGAAACCAUACUUUGGAGAGAGACCUCAACCGCCUGGACAAGAGAAUCGCCUUGCUCAUUAAGAACAGAGGCAACAUCCAGGACGUCUUGGCUGACAAGGCCGGUCUCAAGGCCCAAAAGUCAAAGGGUGACGCCCACAAGAAGCCAGACAUGCUCAACGAUCCAAAGAAGCUGGAGGCCUACCAGAACCUGUUCUACCUGCUCCAGACCGAGCCCAAGUACUUGGCCGGUCUCGUCUACCUCGUGCAGCCCGAGCAGAUGGAGUCCUUCCUGUCCACCGUUAUCUUGACGCUGUUUGGUGAUGCCUUCACCCCACGUGAGGAGUUCCUGCUGCUCUCCCUCUACCGUCUCUCGGUCCAGAAGGAGAUGUCCAACAUUGGAACCGUCGGUGACUUCCUCAAGGCCGACACCGUCGUGCCCAAGAUGAUCAUUACAUACAACAAGCGUAAGCAGGGUACCGACUACCUGAAGGCCGUCAUCGGACCAAUCUUGUCCUCGGUCAUCAAGCAGGACUUGAACCUCGAGCUCAAGCCAUCGGCCGUCUACGCCGCCAUCAUCUCUGAGCAGGAGAUCAGAACCGGAGAGAAGUCCACCCUUGACAGAAACGUCAGCGACGACAAGGCACUCGAGGUGCCAGAGGUCACCAAGACCAUCAAGGCACGUGUCGAGCACCUGACCGCCAUCUGUGACCAGUUCCUCGAGGGUAUCAUCAACUCGCUCAACCGUCUGCCAUACGGCAUUCGUUGGAUCUGCAAGCAGAUUCAGCAGAUCGCCGAGAAGAACUUUGCCAACUCCUCCCAGGACGAGAUCCUCAAGGUCAUCGGUUACUUCAUCUACUACCGUUUCAUCCAGGUGGCCAUGGUGUCGCCGGAGGAGUACGACCUGGUCGGCCGUGAGAUCCACCCACCCGCCCGUAAGAACCUGAUCAACGUGUCCAAGGUGUUGCAGACCCUCUUCAACUUUGCCCAGUUUGGUGCCGCCGAGAAGCACUUUAUCCCACUCAACGCCUGGAUCAACUCGCACAUUAACGACAUCAAGCAGUACUUGGAGGAGAUCACCGAGGUCGGUGAGCCUGAGGACUACCUCCAGGUCGACAAGUACAUGGAGCUGACCCAGAAGACCAAGCCAGUCAUCAUCGUCUCGCUCCAGGAGAUUUCCUCCACCCACAUGCUCAUCUCCAAGAACCUCGACUCGCUUGUGCCCAAGGGCGACAAGGACGACCCCAUGAGAAUCAUCAUGAAGGAGUUGGACGAGUUUGGCGCACCACCCGAGAUCUCCCACGAGGACGAGCGUGAGGUCCAGCUUACACUGACCAACAAGUUCCAAAAGUCCAUCGAGGAGGAGCUGGCCCCAGGCGAGAGUUUGCUCUCUGCCACCAAGGAGAUGGUCAUCUCUCUGCUGCGUUCGCUUCCCUCACUGCCCGAGCAGAAGGAGUCCGAGGAGAACACCCCCAACUUGCUCGAGGUGUUGAACAAGGCUCGCCAGACCGACCCAUCGCUGGAGCCCGAGAUCAAGAAGAUCUUGGACAACCUGAAGAAGCUGGAGGAGUACAACCUCACCACGCACACAGACAACUACGCCUCGUUCCUCAAGGCUGUCGCCCUCGAGGUCGUCAACCGUGCCGAGAUCCGUGAGCAGCAGAAGAAGGAGAAGCAGAGACUGACAACCAGUUUGAACAACCUGCGCAAGCAUCAGAAGUACCUCAACGAGCAGAUCACCCAGUACAACCAAUACCUGCAAGACUGCCGUCUCAAGCAUUACCAGAGCAAGAACAAGAAGAAGAAGAAGAAGACCGACGGUGCCAAGGUCGGUCCCUUCAAGUUCAGCUUCUCCGAGCUGGCCAAGAAGAAGGUCAUCGUGGACUCUGAGGUGCCCCAGAUGACGCGUAAGAAGAUCAAGUUUGUCAUCUCGUCCGACACUGUCGGAGUGUUUGACGUCAGCGCCAAGAUGGCCGGUAUCGACGUGCAGACCAUGAGACUGGAGCUCGACGAUCUCCUGGAGUUGAACUCGAUCGGAACCACCACCCUCGAGCUGGACCAGAUCACUCUCGACGUCAACAUGACCAUCCAUUUGUUGAACAAGCUGUUCAUGGCUUAA